AUGUUGGUACCUGAUGCAGUUGGAAACCCCAUGUUUGGCUUUCUGGAAGCAGAGGAAAUGUCUGCAGAUGUUGAAUGGCAAAAUGUAACUUUUGGGACCAACAACAUUUGUGAUGAGCUGAUUCCACAGACAGAAUCCACCUUCGUUUAUUCAACCGAGACAUCAAAAAAACUUUUUCUCUACUUUGGGGAGCUGAACAUGUUCUUCUUCAUUUUCCUCUUUCUACUCUUGAAAACUUUACAUGCUUCAUGGAAGGAAGUUUCAUGGUGUUUAGCAUACCUGCGUCCGAGUGUCCACAGAGAUGGAGACUUGGUGCUCGGUGGGUUUUUCCCCCUCUACUACACGAACCAGGAUCCUGAUAUAUCCCGUCUGUCCUUUCUGUUCACACCAAAAGCUUAUAUAAGAGCCAGUAGAUGGUUUUGGAAGAACUACCAGUAUGUACUGGCUUUCUACUUUGCUAUCGAGGAGAUCAAUAAGGGCUCCCAGCUGCUCCCCAAUGUGACCUUGGGUUUCCAAGUCUACAAUGCCAUUGCCAGUGACCACUUUGCCUUGUGGAGCACUCUACAUUGGCUUUGUGGAACAGACAUUCCCCUCCCUAACUACAACUGCCAGACACACAGAAAAUUUGCUGCUGUCAUUGCAGGAACCUCAGCAGCAUUUUCAGCGGAGACUGGAACAAUUUUGGAACUCUACAAAUUCCCCCAGUCAUCUUUUUGUUUGUUUUUCCAGGUCACCUAUGGACCUUUUGACACCAUUCUCAGUGACAAACACCAAUAUCCAUCGGUCUAUCAGAUGGCCCCCACGGACAGCACUCUGGUGCAUGCAGUGAUCUCAUUAUUGCUGCAUUUUGGCUGGACAUGGGUGGCUAUCUUUGUAUCUAAUGAUGUGAAAGGUGAGCACUUCCUGGGGGACCUGAAAGCAGAGAUGCUAAAGAAAGGUAUCUGUGUGGCCUUGACAAAAAAGCUCCCUGCCACUAAGAUAAUGUAUGCAUCAAGUGACAUCACUUUCAUGAGCAAGAUCAGAGCUUCAUCUGCCAAUGUGCAUAUCCUGUAUGGGGAAGUCGCGAGCCUCAUCAAUGUGGAUAUUGCAGCAGAAUUCUUUUUGACAACAGGAAAGGUGUGGAUCAUGACUGCAAAAUGGGACAUUGUUGUGUAUGAGACGGACCACAUGCUGCAUUCCUUUCAUGGAAGCUUCUCAUUUUCUCCUCACAAGGGGGAAGUUCCUGGUUUCAGACACUUCCUCCAAACAACCAAGCCUUCCCAAUACCCUGAAGACUUUUAUUUCAGCAAAUUAUGGCUCAAUUUUUUUGAUUGCUCACUUCCUGGUUCGCAAUGUGGGAGAAUUGGAGUUUGCCCCCCGAAUACAUCCUUAGAAUUUAUGCCUGGAAACAUUGACCUCAUGACAUUGUCUGAUUCCAGCUAUUUCAUCUACAAUGCUGUGUAUGCAUUGGCCCAUGUGCUGCAUAAAAUGCUUUUGGAGAAAGCAGAAGUGGGUUCUUCUGAAAAUGCAGAGCAGCCUGGGCUUCUUCCUUGGCAGCUCCAUCCCCACCUGAAGAAAAUGGAAUUUACAAACAGUGCUGGAUUUUCCAUAUUCUUGGAUGAGGAAAGACAACAUGUGGCACAGUAUGACAUCCAGAACACACUGAAUUUUCCAGGUGGCCUUAGGAUGCUGGUUAAAGUGGGGGAGUUUUUCUUUAAGAGACCACAGGGCCAAAGCUUGGUGGUCAAUGAAGAUUUGAUAGAAUGGCCUGUUGGUUUCACAGAGACUCCUCCCCAAUCAGUGUGUAGCCACAGCUGUGGUCCAGGAUUCAGCAAGAUUCCUCAGGAAGGAAGACCUGUCUGCUGCUUUACCUGCAUUUUCUGUCCAGAGAGACACAUAUCCAAUCAGACAGAUGCAGAGCAAUGCAUACACUGCCCAAAGCAUGAAUACCCAAACAGAAACAGAGAUCGCUGUCUCCCCAAGAUUUUGGACUUCCUGUCCUUUGAGGAUUCCCUAGGGAUGGCUCUGACCCAUGUAGCUCUGAGUUUCUCUGUACUCACAGUUGUGAUUAUGGCAAUCUUUGUGAAGCACCGAGACACUGCCAUAGUCAAGGCCAAUAACAGGACUCUCAGCUACACCCUGCUCAUCUCCCUCCUCCUGUGCUUCCUCUGCUCCUUGCUCUUCAUUGGCCGUCCCAACACAGCCACCUGCAUCCUCCAACAAAUGACAUUUGGACUCGUGUUCACUGUGGCUGUUUCCUCUGUCUUGGCCAAGACCAUUACUGUGGUUCUGGCCUUUAAAGUCACUGGUCCAGGAAGAAGAAUGAGGCAUUUGCUGGUAUCAGGGGCACCAAACUACAUCAUCCCCAUCUGCACCCUUAUCCAACUCACUAUCUGUGGCUUCUGGAUGGGGACAAAUCCACCCUACAUCGACACAGAUGCAUACUCUGAACAUGGCCAUAUCAUCCUCUUGUGCAACAAGGGCUCCCUCACUGCCUUCUACUGUGUCCUGGGAUUCCUGGGCUCCCUGGCCCUGCUCAGCUUCACUGUGGCUUUCCUGGCCAAGAACCUUCCUGACACAUUCAAUGAAGCCAAGUUCCUGACAUUCAGCAUGCUGGUGUUCUGCAGUGUGUGGGUCACCUUCCUCCCUGUAUACCACAGCAGCAAGGGGAAAGUGAUGGUUGCCAUGGAGGUCUUCUCCAUCUUGGCCUCCAGUGCAGGGCUAUUGGGCUGCAUCUUUCUUCCUAAGUGCUAUGUUAUUUUCAUAAGAUCUGAGAACAACACUUUGACAGGUUUAAAGACUAGGAAAAAUGUUAGGGGAAAUAGAUAUUCUAAAAAUAUCAACCGCAUAUAG